AUGUCGAGGAGCGCCGGCUCGGAGGGCGGGCGGCCCGGCAGGUCCCUGCUGCCCCGUGGGGCCGGCCCGGGCUCCCCGCUCCCCCGGGACGCGGAGCCGGGAGCCGCCGCCCCCUUGCCGCCGCCCCCGCUCCCCCUGCAGCCCCCCUUCGGCCCCGACGCCUACCCCGGGGAGGGCAGCCCCGGCCCGAGCGGCCCGGCCGAGCUCAAGCCGGUCCGGCGGUUCAUCCCGGACUCGUGGAAGAACUUCUUCAAAGGGAGACGCAACAACGGCUCCAGCUGGGACAGCACGGCCUCCGACAUCAGGUACGUCUCGGACGGGGUCGAAUGCUCGCCGCCGUCCUCGCCGGCCCCUCUGCAGCCGGAGCCCAGGUCGGUGCCCGGCUCCUACAAGGGUCCUUACGGAGGAUCGGGCGGGAGCUACAGCUCGCGGAAGGAGGCCGAAGCCAUGCUGCCCGCGGACCCCUUCGGGUCGCUGGAGCACCGCGCUGCCACCGGCCAGACGUACAGCGAGCGGGUGGAGGCCUACAACCAGCGGUACGCCUACAUGAAGUCCUGGGCCGGCCUGCUCAGGAUCCUCUGCGUGGCGGAGCUGCUGCUGGGCGCCGCCGUCUUCGCCUGCGUCACGGCUUACGUGCACAAGGACAACGAGUGGUACAACAUGUUCGGGUACUCGCAGCCCUACGGCUACGGGGCCGGCAGCGCCUAUGGAGGCUACUCCUACAGCGGACCCAAAACACCUUUCAUCCUGGUGGUGGCGGGAAUGGCGUGGAUAGUCACGAUAGUGCUGCUGGUGCUGGGCAUGUCGAUGUACUACCGGACUAUCCUCCUCGAUUCCAACUGGUGGCCUCUGACCGAGUUUGGAAUUAAUGUGGCCCUGUUCUUUCUAUACAUGUCGGCUGCUAUUGUGUACGUAAACGAUAUCAACCGAGGUGGGCUCUGCUAUUACCCGUUGUUUAAGACGCCGAUAAAUGCAUCUUUUUGCCGUGUAGAGGGAGGUCAGACAGCAGCAAUCAUCUUCUUGUUUGUCACGGUGAUCAUCUACCUAAUUAGUGCGGUGGUUUCUCUGAAGUUAUGGAGGCAUGAAGGAGCUAGGAGGCACCGGGAAUUAAUGGAACGAGAGAUGAAAACACAGUCCUCUUUUCCAGAAACAAAGUAUGAAAGUGAUGACAGACCAAGAGAAGACGUCACUUACAGGCAGCUUAAAUCAGUGGAAAGAAAACCGGAACUACUUAAUGGUCAUAUACCUGCAGGCCACAUUCCUAAACCUAUAGUGAUGCCAGACUACUUAGCGAAAUACCCAGCAAUUCAAACAAAUGAAAUGCGAGACCGGUACAAGGCAGUAUUCAAUGAUCAGUUUGCUGAGUAUAAAGAACUGUCUGUGGAAGUUCAUGCUGUAUUAAAAAAGUUCGAUGAGCUGGAUGCAUUGAUGAGACAGCUUCCUCAGCAUCCUGAAAGCAUAUAUGAACAGGAAAGGAUAUCAAAAGUUCUGCAAGAAUACAAGAAGAAGAAAAAUGAUCCUGCAUUUCUGGAGAAAAAGGAGCGUUGUGAAUACCUAAAGAAUAAGCUUUCUCACAUAAAACAACGAAUUCAGGACUAUGAUAAAGUUAUGAAUUGGAAUAUAGGAACUUAGCUGUGCCUUCAGUUUGUGGAUACUAUUUUCUGGUUUUUAAAUCAGUAUGCAUAUUUUAAACUAUUUAUUUACUCUCAGAACAGUAAACCUAUGGGGAUUGCUUAAUCACUUUGUCACUUAGAUGUUGUACAUUACUGGUAGGUUUUGUAUGCAGAUCCAGUUUUAAAUCAAUGUAAUGAAGUUAUCAGAUAACUUUAGAAAACCUGUGCUAACACUCUGCUUUUAUUAGACACUACACAGCCUGGCCUCUUAAAUAUGAAUACUUUAUUUGAAAAUACUGUAUUUGCAAACUUGCAAAGCCCACCAGAGAAAGCAGUUCUAAAUACCAUGUCAAAAGUUUGCACAGAAAUGCCAUUAACAAUUUCAGAUUUUAUUUGUAGGUGACAACUUAAUGAUAUCAGAAAGAGUUGAGUUGUUCUUUCUGGCUGGAGUUUCGUGGAGUGCUUAAUCAUAUUGAAUAAUUUUGGCAAGUCAAAAAUGAGUUUAAUAAGACUUUUUAUAUUUUAUUUCCAAAUGCUCUGCUGUACGUCAGAGAUGAUCUGGUAUUUCACCCAACAGGAGAUGCAAAAUAACUUCCUAUUUAAGCAACCAUAGUAUAGGGGGGGGGCAGGUUGUGUUGGCGUUUUGUUGUUUCGUUUUGGGGUUUUUUCUUCCCCUCUUUAGAGGUGAUGCAAAAAAUUCAUACAUGGCCUUAAAGGAAUAGAGGUACAGGAUGAGACUCAUUUUAGUG